AUGUCUAACUUUUUAGAUGAAGAUUCACAAAUCUUUACUUUGGAUGGAGAUCCAGAGUCAAGAAUUCCAGAUUCCGAUCGUUAUACCAAAGUUGUGAAUGAUCAAGUGUGUGCAAAGGGAAUUGAAACUUAUUUAAAUUCCAUUUCCAAAUUAGAUUCAUUCCAAUCCAAACAGGUGGCUUUGGUGAUUGAUGGUCAUGCAUUCACUCAUUGUAUGGAACCACUCUCUCAGAAAUUCUUUAUCAAACUCAUUAAGAAGUGUAAAACUGUCAUUUGUUGUCGAGCAACUCCAAAACAAAAGUCCAUGCUCGUAGAUUUGGCAAAGAAGAAAUUAGGAAAGAAUGGUUUAGCGAUUGGUGAUGGUGCAAACGAUGUCCCAAUGAUUCAAAAAGCCAAAGUCGGAGUUGGUGUCAUGGGUAAAGAAGGUUCUCAAGCAAAAUUAGCCUCUGAUUAUGCCAUUCCAAAAUUCUACAUGUUGAAACGUUUACUCGUCAUUCAUGGACGUUAUUCAUUCAAACGAUCUGCUCAAUUCAUUCAAUACUCUUUCUACAAGAAUAUUGUCAUUACUUUUAUUCAAAUUUACUUUACAUUCUAUACCAUGUACUCUGGACAAACUAUUAUUGACUCUUAUGUAUUAACAUUUUAUAAUUUACUUUUCACAUUAUUGAAUCCAUUUGUAUUUGGAUUAAUGGAAAAGGAUAUUCACGAAGAAUAUUUAGAAGAUGCAGAAAUUGGACCAACUCUGUAUUCUAAUUUGAGAAAAGAAAACAUUUUCAAUUGGUAUACUUUUAUCAAGUGGAUUCUUGGUGCUGUGGUUCAUGCGACUAUCAUUUUCUUCUUUGCCUUAUACGCAAGACAAUUCAAUAUUUUAACGAAUGGACAAGAAGAUGGUAUUUGGGUCAUGUCCAUUCUUGUAACAUCUUCUGUGUUUUGUGUUGUGAAUUUGAAAUGUUACUUUGAAAUGGAACAUUUCACCAUUGUGCACCAUUUGUGCAUGGCCUUCUCAUUUUUAACCUUUUAUGUAUUUAAUUUCAGUUACUCUGGAAUUCCAAUGGUACUCACAACAUCAAACAUGUAUUAUGUUUGGUACAUGGCAGUACAAUCAGCCAAGUUUUGGAUUAUUCACAUUUUAUUAGUUGUCACACCACUUGCUUUUGAUUUGUUGUUUUAUGGAGUGAAAUAUUUGGUUUAUCCUGAUUAUUAUCAAAUUUUGAAAAUGACAACUGAUCGAAAGACAUUUUUCAAGAAUCGAGAAAAUGCCAGUAACAAGAAGAAUGAAAGUGCUGCUGCUGUGAAUGAACCUUGGAAAGGAAAUCAUGAUAUUCAAACCGAAUUGCAAAGCAUUGGUCACAACAAUAGUUAUUAA